CACCUUCGACUUUCUUCAUUCCCCGUGACCUUCUCCCCCGCUAGCAAGCGAUAGAUUCUGCUCCUGACUCACCACUAGCAGGAUUCUGUCGCGGCGAAUCUCCUAUUACCGCCACUAUUGCCGCGCGGGCAUUUGUCCGUGCAUUACGACAGUUAUACUCUCCCAGGACAGGCAAAUCGGCUGAGAUGAGUGGCGUUGGUGUUGGCGUUGGCAGUGGCGGUGGCGGUGCUGUCCGUUGCGCGCCGAAUCGGUUCACUCCGAUCGCGAACACACCCUCACUCUCCUCGUUGCCCGAUCGUGUUUGCUUCGUAAACAGCCAUGUCGAAUCAUCCUCUACCGCGUACACCUCUUUCGGUUGGGGAAACUCGAUAAUACCGCUGAGUUUGCGGUGCUCCUCCGCGUUACAAGGGGGCAGUUCCCAUACGCGUUAUAAGAACCUCUCUUCAGCUGUUUUUACUCUCCCCGCAGCAGCCAUUAGCCCUAAUUGCGCCCUGAGGGACGUUUCCGCGAAUUGCACUGGCAACGCGCGGAGCCUUCGUUACAAGCACAUGGACGGCGAUGACCGAUUCAACGGUCCAGAUCAGAAACGAUCAACCGAUGCGAGGCAAUUCGACGGACUAACCGCGCAGCCCACACUGGAGCGCGACGCGGCAUCCGAGGCUGCCGCUUGCGCCCCCGCUCACCCUGACAUCACUCACCGCUCUCCCUCCAACGGCCAUCUCUCCUCUCCCAGACCCUUCCCUUUUUCCUCCUCUUCUUUCCCCUCCUCCUCCUCCCCCCCUCCAUCGUCCGUCUCUCACCUCCCGCCGCUCCCCCCAUCCUUCCCUACAUCCCCCUCGUCCAGUAACCCGUCCAGUAACCCGUCCAGUAACCCGUCCAGUAACCCGUCCAGUAGCCCGUCCAGUAACCCGUCCAGUAACCCGUCCAGUAACCCGUCCAGUAACCCGUCCAGUAACCCGUCCAGUAACCCGUCCAGUAGUCCUUCCCGCUCCUCCUCCACUCCCGCCCUCUCGCCCUCCCUCUCUCCCCCUCCUCACCCCGGUCUCCUACUGCCGGCUGUGCCUGCCAAUGUGGCGGCGGCAGUGGCCGCACUAAAAGCGCGCCAAGUGAUAGCAGUCCCCACCGAUACCAUCUACGGCUUUGCUGCGGAUGCCAGGUCAGCUGAGGGGAUAGCGCACAUUUACGCGAUCAAGGGCCGGGAUUUCAACAAGCCUCUGGCGAUCGCCGUAGCAGACAUUGCUGACGUGGCAGUGUACGCUGAGACCAAGCACCUGCCGCCCGCUCUCCUGCCGGCACUUCUUCCUGGUCCAGUCACUCUCGUGCUGCCCCAAAGUCCCACCUCCCCCAUACACCCCUCCCUCACGCGCACCGUCCCCUCCAUCGCGGUCCGCAUCCCCGACUUCCCCUUCGUGCGCUCCCUCUCACGCCUGCUCGCCGCCCCCCUCGCCCUCACCUCCGCCAACCUCUCCGGGCGCCCCUCCGCCAUAGCAGCAGAGGAGUUUUGGGAGCUGUGGGGGGCAUGCGCUGCGGUGUUUGACGGGGGAAAGCAAGGGGAGGAGAGGCGCCGGGGGUCGACUAUUGUGGAGCUGGUGGAAAGGGGGAAGUUUAGAGUGAUCCGCGCGGGCAGUGCUCUUCCCAGCACCUUGGCCACGCUGCAGCAGUUCGACAUGGAGGAAGUUUCCUCAUGACACAGGCAGCAAAACGUGGAAUAAUAACUGAAGCUUCCUUGUAGGGAGAAGGUCCCUCUUGUAGCCAUGUGGGCGUCAUGCUGGUCAAAAGUCCCUCUCUCGGUUGACACUUCUGAGGCUGAGCGCUGCGCUUGCGCACCUUCGCUUGCCCUAGUAUGGUGGCUACUCUACACAGCUCCACUUCACUACACUAUGCCGACAUGUAUGAAACACUUCUGUACCCUUUUUUAGCGGAAAGUUUUCCGCUUUCUAUCCUUUCUGUGAUGCAUUGUCUUGAUACAAGUGCACUGUAAAUGUG